AACAAGGAGUUUCUCGCGUGGAAGCUGUGACGUGCAAGCAAAGCCACGAUAAAAUCAGAAUCACUUAUGGGAAGGGAAGGACGGCGGGAACAGAACAGAAUCUCCAAUGACUUCAAAUUCCAACCUCCGCCCCACACCACCAUCACUCUCUCAGUAUCUCCUUUUUCUCUCCAUAUAAACACCCAUCUCCACUAUCAUCAUUCACCCACUGCUUCUAUCUCUCUUUUCUCUCUUCCUUCAGCUUAAACGAUAUAAAAGAUAAAGACCCUCUUGGAGGAAAAUGUCAGAUUGGGGUCCAGUGUUCGUGGCAUUGGUGCUGUUCGUGCUCCUAACUCCUGGACUGCUGUUUCAGGUUCCAGGGCGGCAUCGGUGCGUCGAGUUUGGGAAUUUUCAGACAAGUGGUGCUUCUAUUAUGAUCCAUUCUCUGCUUUACUUUGCUCUUGUUUGUGUCUUCUUUCUGGCUGUUAAGGUUCAUUUGUACCUUGGUUAGUGAUGAUGCUGCAAAAACAAAACCCAAGUAGCUAGUGAGUGUAAUGAAUAAUUUCAAGAUAAUUUCUUUGAAUUCUGGGUAUUAUUGUAAUCAAUUUCCUUUUCCCUAAUCCUUUGUUUUGUUCAAGUUGUAUUCAACUUAAGAAUUUCAAGAAUUUUUUCUAUGUUCA